AUGACUAUUGUGCCACUUGCUACCUCAAGUAGCGUUGCAAACUCUUUUCACUUGUUUUUCCAACCCGAAGAGCUGACUGACAAUGACAUGUGGCUUUGUCCACAGUAUUCUUCCCUCCAGAAUAGUACAAGAGAGACAGCUUUUAGUCAGUGUGGAGAUUUGAUUCUCCAACUAAAAAGAUUUACCUUUGUUGAGGGAAGAUCAGUAAAAAACAACCAAUUUGUUAAUUGUAUAUCUCACUCUGGCAACAUAUUGGAGGCACCUUCACAUCCUGCAGAUAUUGUAUCUUUUACUAACAAAUACAAACUAGUGGCAACUAUAAAUCAUUCAGGCACACUAGCAGCAGGUCAUUAUUGGGCAUUUAUUAAAGAUCGGAAUGUAGACGAGUGGUUGAAAUGCGAUGACAGGGCAGUAGUCAAGGGUAAGCCGUCUGAUAUAAAUAACUCAACAGUCUUUGCAAAGGGGUUUGAAAUUUCCUUUUCGGGUCUUCGUGGAUUUACGCCCACGCAUUUUACCCCAGUAACUUCAGGCUGGUCCUGA